AUGAAGUUUCAUAUUUCAUUCUUUCUUAUAUUAUAUAUUGUAUUUUUUAAAAAUACAAUAAAGAGUGAAAGUGAGACGGUAUCAUUAUCACCCGGUGGUUCAGAUGUAACAACACAAGGGAAAAAUGGAGAAUCAACACAACAACCAGAAUCACAAACUCCAGAAGGACAAACAAAAACCCAACCACUAGAAACAGUAAGAACUGGUACACAACAAGAACAAAGAGUAGAACCAGCAGGACAAGGUGAGGAAAAAUCUCAAUCAGGAGGCGAAGGAGCAGGAAGAUCAGAAGGAAGGGGAGCAUCAGUAGGAACAGAAAUAGCACAUGGAUCACAAGGACAAGAGAACGUAGAAGGACAGCAAUUGCCACAAUCCUCUGAACAGUCAAGGAAUGGAGAUUCUGAAGAACAAAGUAGAAAUAAACAAUUACCCUCCGUAGCACCAGAAACUAAUCCCACAUCGCCAACUAAUGUAGAAUCCCCCAAGCCUGUUCUCCCCCCAGCUCAUUCAUUCUCAAACUUAAACAAAUCAACAAUCCCUCAAACAAUUCCUGUAAAAUCUUAUUUUUUAAAACAUUAUAAGGGUGUAAAAGUUACUGGUUCAUGUGGUGUACAGUUUCAAUUAGUUAUUGUACCCCACUUGUUUAUAAAUGUUGAAACAAAAGAAAAUAAUAUUCAAUUGGAACCUCAAUUUAUGAAAUUAAGUGAAAGAAUAGAUUUUGAAAAGGAUAAAACGAAUUUAAAGAAUAAGUGUGAAGAUAAUAAAAAUCAAUCAUUUAAAUUUAUAUUGUAUCUUCAAGAUGAUAUGAUAACAAUUAAAUGGAAGGUAGAUGAAGAUAAACCUACCACUACUACCACUACACCUCCAGGUCAAGUAGAUUUAAACGUUGAUGUCAAAAGAUACAAACUACCAAAAUUAGAUCAACCAGUUACAUCUAUUCAAAUACAUUCUCUUGCAAAGGAUGGAGAAAAAUAUUUAAUGGAAAGUAAAGAUUACGACUUAGGAGAUAAAAUACCAGAAAAAUGUGAGGCUAUAGCUAAUGAUUGUUUCUUAAGCGGAAAUGUUGAUAUUGAAAAAUGUUUCCAAUGUACAUUAUUAGUUAAGAAUUCUGAAAAAAAUGAUGAAUGUCUUAAAUACGUAUCUAAAAAUAUAAAAGACAGAUUCGAAGAAAUUAAAACAAAGGGAGAGGACGAUGAAGAUUCUGAUGAAUAUGAAUUUAUAGCAUCUGCAAAUUAUAUAUUAAAAAAUAUGUACAAAAAAAAUGAUACAAAUGAAAAAAAAGAAUUAUUAGAUUUCAAAGAAGUAGAUAAUGAUUUGAAAGUAGAAUUAUUGAAUUACUGUAAUUUAUUAAAGGAUAAUGAUGUAAAUGGUAUAUUGGCAAAUGAAGAAUUGGGCAAUGAACAAGAUAUAUUUAAUAACUUAACAAAAUUAUUAGAGGAACAUAAAGAAGAAAACGAUAAUGUUCUUUAUAAUAAAAUGAAGAAUGAAGCAUUGUGUUUAAAAAAUGUAAAUGAUUGGAUGAAAAAUAAAACUGGAUUAGUAUUACCACAAUUAAAAUAUUCUUUAAAUAAUGUUAAUGAGAAUAACGAAAAUUAUAUUAAGGAAAAUGUUUUUGAAGAAGAUGAAAAUGGAAUUGUUGAUUUAACAAAAUUUACAGUAGAUACAAAUUAUUCAUCCUAUAAUCAUGCAGAUAGUUUAUAUUGCAAUCAAGAUUAUUGCAACAGAUUAAAAGAUCAUAAUAAUUGUGUAUCCAAAAUAAAUGUAGAAGAUCAAAAGAAUUGUGCCUUAUCAUGGGCUUUUGCAUCUAAAUAUCAUUUAGAAACUAUUAAA